AUGGAUGGGGUUAGUUGGGCAAUUAAGAGUUUGACAGGGGAGCACAAACUGUGUGGCAGAUUAGAUGCUAACCCCAUGGUUAGUUCUGAGUGGUUGUGUAAGAAACUCAUGGAGGAUAUUAAAUCUAAUCCUGACUAUCCUGUUGAGGGCCUACAAGAAAGAUGCAGGGUGAUGUUUAGGAUUGAAGUGAAGUUGAGGUUGUUGUAUAAGGUAAGAAACAUGGCUAAGGAGUUGAUUCAUGGGGGGUUUAGUGAGUCCUAUGGUCUGCUGCCAGCUUAUGCAGAGAUGAUCAAGAGGACAAAUCCCGGAAGCUAUGCUCUUGUGACAUGGACUAAGGAGAUUGUUGGUGCAACCCCUCACUUUACGUCAUGUUUCUUUUCUUUUGGUUGCAUGAUCAAGGGGUUUUUUGAAGGUUGUAGGCCAAUUAUUGGCAUUGAUGGUGCUCACCUCAGUGGAACCUACAAGGGACAAAUGCUCACUGCAAUUGCCAUAGAUGGGAACAGUGAGAUAUUCCCAAUUGCUUAUGGGAUUGUUGAUGGAGAAACUGGAGACACUUGGGCAUACUUCUUCAGAUGCUUGAGAGAAAUGUUCAGAAACUUUGGUGUGCACAGAGAGGACUGGGCUUUCAUAAGUGACAGAAUGAGGGGUGUGGAUGGUGCUGUUUAUGAAGUGUUCCCCAGAGCAACAAGGAGAGUGUGUGCCUAA